UUUCUAUAGUCUAUACUACUAGUACUUUCCAUUUGCCCUUUAUUUUCUCUACCUCUUCAGUAGUAGUCUUCAUUCUCCAAUCUUCAUGUUCAUAUUAAACUACUCUUUAUAAAUUUAUUGGCCUUGUUUUCCAAUAGACCUCAUUUUCUUUUGUCUUUUGGAAUUAGUUGAGAGGUCUUUACAUCCUUUCUCUCUCUACCCUUUCUCUCUCUUAAAAAAAAACCUUCAAUGUCCUCCAUUAUAGGCUCUCAAGGUGUGUUCUUAGCUACUGCCAUGGCUGCUGUUUCUGGUACUGUCAUCCUCCUUGCUUUUAAACUCCAAAAAUCCAAUCUUUUUCCUUCUAAUUCUCAUUUUCAAGUCAACUCUAUUCCAAUUCUUCGCCCUUGUCUUUCUUCAGGUGAAAAGAAGGCAGAAAAAAAGAAAAAAAAGGUGAGAUUUGCAGAAGAUGUGGUGGAUCCAAGAGGAGAUAAUGAAGAAUUUAGGAAACAACAUAGUAAUAAUAUUUUGAGAAAGAUUAGUAAAGUUGAAAACAGGGGAAUGCCUGCUAAUAGACUUGCACUUUAUAAAGGAAUUAUUAGAGAUCGUGUGAUUCAUCGCAUCACAUACUCUUAUUAAUUUGUGAUUAAUUAUUAUUCUGAUUUAACUUGUGAAUUUUUGUACAAAGUUUUGAUCUUUUUGUUGUUGUUGUUUUUGUUGUUUUUGGUGGGUGAAAAUGAUAUGAAUUACACCACUUUUUUUAGGAUUUUGACACAAUUGUGGAAGAGGGAAAGUUUAAGGAGAAAGAAAGAAGAUGUUGUUGGAAAAUUGUGCCUUUAAGGUAGCAAAGUGUGAUUAACUACUAAUCAAGUUUUAAUUUUUUUGUUUAGAAUUGUGAUGAACAUAUAAGAGGGUGAUUAUCAAAUUUGUAAUUAUUUAGAUUACUUCUUGUAAAUGUUCAUUUGGAAUUUAAACAAGUAUGUAUGAUUGAAUAUGAAAAUACUAUAUGAGAAGAGGUGAAUUUGCAUGAA